AUGCAGCAAUCCAAGCCUUCCUACGAAGCAGUGUCUCCCCGUUCAUACGCGCCUCAACUCCACCACCCUGCUUCCGAACAUUACAGCACGUCGAACGCUCGAGAAUUUGAUGCCGAAUUCAUCGACUCUUCAGGCGGCCUGGAUGCCUUGCAGCAAUACCUUGGAUCCUCUUACGAAGCUCACGACACCCAAGCAAACACAUGGAACCAAUACGAGACUGCAAACAGCAACAUCGACGCCCAAGGAAAUUACCCGCAGACAGGACAAAGCCCAAACCAGUACAACAAUAGUGUUUUACGUGGCGCAAACCAGGCUCAAACUCGUGGUUUAAUCCAUGCAGGUCGCGGUAGGGUCGCACACCAGCACGUUUCAGGUACUUCUCCGUACAACCCGAACUGCAUGUCGUAUUCUAUGGCGGAUCACCGGUCUGUUGCUACGCCCAUGUCAGUCUCAUCAGCUAUCCCAGCAGAUUCUUCAGAGGCCCACGACACACCGUACAGUCCCUACCGCGGUCUAUUCACCGACACCGACAAGGCCAGAGACCAUCGACACAUGAGCACCCGUUUUGGACGCCAGCCCUAUAUACACCCCGAGGACGACCCAACCAUUGCUCAAGUUGAGCACAAUCGCGACCACGAAGUCGGCCGCAUCUACCACGCCAUGAUCCGCGGCGAGCGCGCCCAAGACAAUGCCGGCUCGAUCGCCAUGAAGCGGUGGGUACACGGCGCCCACUACAAGUCCGACCUGGUCGAAUCCUUCGCGCACAAAGUCUUCGACUGCCUGCUCACGCAAGUCAAAGAGGGCUUCCGCGGCUGGCACCACAACGACUACGUCGACGACGACCGCAAGGGCGAAAAAGAGGACCGCGAGGCCGACUGCAUGGCGCGCCUCGACAACAUGAUCGACGCGCUCGAGCGCGAGAAGACUAUCUGCGAGGACGUCGUCAAUUCCGCUAGCCAGAUCCGCAUGUUCGUCAACGCCCCGAUUGCCUACGCCGCACGCAAGUACCAGAACCGCCUGGGCAACAGCAAGCGCGGGCGCACCAAGGACGCCGCGGAUCCGCCGCCCCGCCCGGUCAAAGCAAGGAGGACUGGUGGACGGCACCGAGCGCGCUCGCGCACCGCGUCUGAUAUCCCGCUGUCGCGCGAUACGACGCCGCAGUUCCACACCCCCCACUCCACCGCGCCGCCCUACUACGCAUCCCCCUGGUCCCCCGCGCUACAUCCCGGCUCCUCGCCCCUGUAUACGAGCCCCGGCCAGCCGCAGAGACCGCAAACGCGCCACGCCGCCGCAACAGCGCCCCCAACGGCCCGUCCCGCACCCGCCAUCGCGCCCCCCACAGACCCCGUACAGCACUCCCACCCCACCCAGCCCCCCGCGCAAAUGCUCCCCACCCCCCUCCCGCCGCUGCCGAUACCAACGCCGCACGCCCACCUCCCGUCGCCCUCCCCCUACGCCCCCGCCCCCGCCGCGAGCCCCGCGCCCUGGCCGUCCUAUGUCCUCGCCGACCCGGGGUCUCAUGUCGAUCCCUCGCUGCCCUCGUCGUUGUUUGCGCCGUGCGCGUGGACCGACGGCUCGGGGUCCAUGGAUACGCGGUUUCCCACAAGCCAGGCGGGCCAGACGGGCACCGUAAGUCUCGCAGACAUCGAGACGCGAUGUAUGCAGCCCGGACAGCCCUUGGAGUACCGGGGGACGGAGAGUGCGGGGCGCACAUUCGGAGCGCCUAGACGCACUGAUGUGGGGAUGCAGAGCAGUAGCGCUGGGGGUCUCGCACCUGGGUGUCUCGCAACCGGGUGUCUUGCGAGCGAUGCAGAACUUAUCAACGACGGCGCGAUGCCCGACACCCCGGAUCCCGUGGCUGAGUUCGAGGCGCUCUGGAAUGCGCAGCCGGGCGUGCAGGCGUUUUCUUUCGAUGGGUGUGCGGGCGGGUUUGGUCUGCAAUAAGCUGGUGUUGUUGGGUCGCGUCGGGGGGUGUGUGAAUGCGUUCUCGGGCGUUUGGGUAGCGGGUUGCGCACUGGAUAGUGCGGCGACGGGGUUGAGGGUUUUGCGGGACGUGUUGUUGAGCUGCUUUGGCGUUUUGCACUCGGUGCUCUGGCGGGUUUUUGCGUUCAGACUGCACUGUUGGGCUUGGGUUGGGGAUGCGCGGUGGGAGAUCGUGGUGGGACGUCGCGGUGGGACGUUGCGCGUCCCGGGCUUCGUGGGGGGGUUGGGUGGAUGGGGAUGUGCGUAGCUGUGCUGAGCGAAAUACCAUUGUUACUGAUUUACA